CCGCAAAAUGUAAACAAAGAAUGCCUAUCAAAACGAAACCCCGAACUGCGAGAGAGAGAGAACGAGAGAGCGUGUAUGCAGUCGUCAAAGGGAUGUAAGCAGCAUAAUAAAUUCGAACGGACAUCAGUCGUGCAGCAGACGGCAGGCGGCUCAAGUGCGGGAAGUUUCGGAAUCUUCGGAAUAAAAAUACCGGCAUCGUGCGAACCUAACGCGGCAUCAUUGCCCUUCAGUUUUUAUUGUGAUUAGCAAGGGGGACUCUUGUGUGAUUCUCAUCUCAGUGUUGAUCGGGAGGUUGUGAGAGUCAGUUGAUUGAAUAGUCGCGCGCGCCAAAGUGUUGUGGAACAAUGGUAGAUCAAGAGAAUCCGGGUAUCGAGAAGCUGCUGGAGCUGGAUGGGUACCUCAAGCUACACGAACGCGAAAUAAGACGCAGGAACACUGAACUGCGUAACUGGAUUAAUAAACUGAACCAGCUCGAGGGAGGCCUAGAGGAGUUCACGCAGGGUUACAAAUACUUUGGAUUGCACAUUGCUUCCGACAACAGCCUGGUGGCACGUGAGUGGGCGCCCGGUGCACAGCAGCUCUAUCUGACCGGCGAUUUCAACAACUGGCAAUGGGAAGCGACCCCCUACAAGAAGCUCCCCUACGGAAAAUGGGAGCUAACGCUGCCCGCCAACCCGGAUGGUUCGUGUCCGAUCAAGCAUCUUUCGGAGAUUAAGGUGAUCGUACGCAAACAGGACGGCCAGCUGGUGGACCGACUAUCCCCGUGGGCCAAGUAUGUGGUCCCGCCGCCAAAAUCGCUCGGAGUCAACUACCAGCAGCGUGUGUGGCAUCCUCCGGCCCACGAAAAGUACGCGUUCCGCCACAAGAAGCCAGCUCGGCCGCGAGCUCUGCGCAUCUACGAGUGCCACGUGGGGAUCGCCACCGAGGAGCUCGGCGUUGGGACGUACAAGAACUUUGCCGACAACAUUGUUCCCAGGAUAAAGAAUCUGGGAUACAAUACUAUCCAGGUGAUGGCCAUCAUGGAGCACGCCUAUUAUGCCAGCUUUGGGUACCAGGUGACGAGCUUCUUCGCGGCAUCCAGCCGAAGCGGCACACCGGAUGAGCUGAAGUAUAUGGUCGACAAAGCGCACGAGGCCGGAUUGUUUGUUCUGUUGGACGUGGUCCACUCGCAUGCCAGUAAGAACACGCAGGAUGGAUUGAAUCAGUUUGAUGGGACCAAUGCAUGCUACUUCCACGAUGGAUCUCGUGGAGAGCAUUCGCUAUGGGAUAGCCGCCUGUUCAACUAUUCUGAGUACGAAGUGCUCCGCUUCCUGCUGUCCAAUUUGCGCUGGUGGCACGAUGAGUACAACUUUGACGGUUAUCGCUUCGAUGGCGUAACCUCGAUGUUGUAUCACUCCCGCGGUAUCGGCGAGGGCUUCUCCGGCGAUUACAACGAGUACUUCGGGUUGAACGUGGACACCGAAGCGCUCAUCUAUUUGGCCAUCGCCAAUGAUUUCCUGCACAAGCUGGAUCCGAACGUGAUCACCAUCGCGGAGGAUGUUAGUGGCAUGCCAACACUGUGCCGGCCAACCAAUGAGUGUGGUGUUGGGUUCGAUUAUCGUCUGGGUAUGGCCAUUCCGGACAAGUGGAUUCAACUGUUGAAAACUAAAAAGGACGAGGAUUGGAAUAUUGGUAACAUUGUUCACACUCUGACCAACCGUCGUUGGAAAGAAAGCACCGUAGCUUAUGCCGAGUCACACGAUCAAGCACUGGUAGGCGAUAAGACGAUCGCCUUCUGGUUGAUGGAUAAGGAAAUGUACACGCACAUGUCGACGAUGUCGGAGCCGAGCUUGAUCAUCGAUCGGGGUUUGGCGUUGCACAAGAUGAUCCGUUUGAUCACGCAUGCUCUGGGAGGCGAAGCCUAUCUGAAUUUCAUGGGUAACGAGUUCGGUCAUCCGGAGUGGCUGGACUUCCCGCGAAUCGGCAAUAACGAAUCGUUCCACUACGCUCGGCGACAGUGGCAUCUGGUGGAUGAUCAAAUAUUAAAGUAUCGAUUCCUGAAUGAGUUCGACAAGGCCAUGCAUCACACAGAGGAACGAUUCCACUGGUUGGACUGUCUGCCGGCGUACGUGAGCUGGAAGCACGAGGACGACAAGGUGAUCGCCUUCGAGCGCAACAAUCUGCUGUUCAUAUUCAACUUCCACAACAGCAAGAGUUUCACCGAUUAUCGCAUCGGAGUGGAACUGGCUGGAAAGUACAAAGUGGUCCUCAGCUCAGACGACAAGGAAUUUGGCGGAUUCGAUCGGAUCGAUAAGAACGUUGAACAUCACACAUUCCCAGAGGGCUGGGCUGGCCGGCGGAACUAUAUGCAGCUAUACAUCCCGAGCAGGGUGGCGAUUGUGUUGGCUCCACAAUAGUGGAAGAAGGUUGUUGAACAAUUGUGAUGAAUACGUGUUUGGCCAUUGUAUAUCUUUCUGUUGGUUAUUUAGAAGAAUAUAUAUCGAUCUUACUAUUAGGCUUUAGAAGCUGUAGAACAUGGGCAUUGAAGUUGUGAAUAUAUCUCUGCAACAAUAAAGUCGGUACCUAUUGACACUA